AUGGCGCAGUUUGGUCGCUACAGGUUUCUGCUCAUAGCAGUGGUAUUUCAUCUGGUAUACAUAUACAGCAUCUUCUCGAUUUACUUUGUGAGCCCCGUCGUUCAUGGAAUGCGCGAGCACCGCGUGGAGACACAGGAAGCCCCCGCCAAGCGCUUGGUGCUCUUUGUUGGCGAUGGGCUUCGCGCAGACAAGGCAUUUCAAUCGUUUCCCAACCCUGACCCCAAUCCUCCGGCCCAUCUCGCAGACGAUGUAGACACGCCCCGCCCUCUCGCCCCGUUUCUUCGCUCCCGCGUCUUGGAAAAGGGCACUUUUGGUGUCUCGCAUACUCGCGUCCCGACGGAAUCGCGCCCGGGACAUGUGGCGCUUAUUGCGGGCUUGUACGAGGAUGUUUCGGCAGUCACAACGGGAUGGAAGCUCAACCCAGUCAACUUUGACAGUGUCUUCAACCGAAGCAGGCACACUUGGAGCUGGGGUAGUCCUGACAUUCUUCCCAUGUUCGAGGCGGGAGCCGUACCGGGACGAGUAGACGCAUACUGUUACGCUGCCGAGGAAGAGGAUUCGUCCAAGGACGCCUGGGCAUUGGACGAAUGGGUCUUUGAACGCGUUGAGCGGCUCUUUGCCGAAGCAAAGUCGAAUGCGACACUGGACGCUGAGCUACGGCGGGAAAAGAAUGUCUUCUUUCUCCAUCUGCUCGGACUCGACACGACGGGCCAUAUCCACAGACCGUACUCGUGGCAGUAUCUACACAACCUGCAGAUUGUAGACCGUGGAGUACAGAAGGUUACGGAACUGAUUGAAGAAUUCUACGGAGAUGACAAGACGGCCUUCAUCUUCACCGCAGACCAUGGCAUGAGCGACUGGGGCAGCCACGGUGAUGGACACCCGGAUAAUACACGCACACCCCUGAUUACAUGGGGUGCUGGCAUCGCACCACCGGCGAAGAGCACAUCGGGCAUUGCCAAAGGGCAUACCGAGUUCUCAUCCGACUGGAAUUUGGACGAAAUCGAGCGACAUGAUGUUGCCCAGGCUGACGUUGCAGCUCUGAUGGCCUACCUUGUUGGACUCGACUUUCCGACCAACUCGGUCGGAGUGCUGCCUCUGUCGUACCUUGACACGGACAUGAAGUCCAAGGCCGAAGCGCUUCUUACCAAUGCCAAGGAAAUCUUGGAAAUGUACCAUGUCAAGGAUGAGGUAAAGAGGUCUACUGCGCUCCACUACAAGCCUUUUCCUGGACUUGGUGACGAGGCGCACUCGGUUCAACAUCGCGUAUCGGAGAUCCAGGCAGCGAUCACGAAGGGCGAUGCUGAGGGGGCUAUCCGUCAGACGUACGAGCUCAUUGAGCUUGGGCUUGAGGGUCUCCGUUACCUGCAGACGUACGACUGGCUGUUUCUGAGAACGCUGGUGACGGCUGGCUACAUUGGGUGGAUCAUCUUUGCUAUUGCGACGGUGAUUGAUCUACAUGUGCUCACGGAAGAGACGCAGGCGCAGCGAACGAUUCCCAGCAUGAUGGUGUUCUCUUCGGGACUUGUCGCACUUUACGGAGUCCUCUUGAAGCAGCAGUCGCCUAUCGUUUACUAUGCAUACGCAUUCUUCCCGGUCUUGUUCUGGGAGGAAAUCUAUGUGCGGAGAUCAUCGCUUGUCAAAGGAGGCAGGGUACUUUUCAGCCAUCUCAACUCUGGCGCCGAUGUAGCCAAGUUGGUGUUUGCAACGCUGGGAUUUUUCGGUCUGCUAGAGGCGCUUGUUCAAAGCUACUUCAUUCGCGAAAUCUAUACGGUCUGCUAUUUGCUGGCGACAUGCUGGCCGGCAGUAUACGGGCAAGAGUUUAUGCGCAAAAACAUUGCAACCGUGGCGGCCUGGGUAGUGUCGUGUGUAGCUAUGAGCGCCUUUACGCUGUUGCCUGCAAUCAAGGCAGAGGAUGUACGCUUGAUCAUGCUCGGAGGAGCACUCAUGUUCGCGGUUGGUGCACUCUACUUGCUCCUGGAGAGAAGGCUGGUGGCCAAGUCCCAGUCCGAGGCCGAGGUGGCAUCUCACGAGCUCAACAACCAAUCUCGCAUCAUUCUCGGUCUCCAGCUGGGACUCGUGUUGCUUUCGAUGAUUGUAACCAAGAGCAGCAUCGGGUACCUACAAGCGCGUGAAGGUAUUCCUUACGGUGUACUCACGAUAGGGCGGGCGACACUGGCAGCCUCGUUGUUUGUGCCGCAGCUGCAUGGGCUGUACCCCAACAGUCACUACGUGCACCGGCUCGUGGUCAUCUUCCUCCAGUUUGCGCCGACAUUCAUCAUUCUCUCCAUCUCGUACGAGGGGCUGUUCUACUUUGCCUUUUGCAUGUGUCUGUUUAGCUGGAUGAGGCUCGAGCAGCAAGUGUACCUGCACAGCAGCAGCAGCAGCAGCAGUAGCAGCAAUGCAUCUGACCCUGCCAAGGCGACCAAGGACGGGGAGUACAGGCCUCUGACGCUGGCGGAUGCGCGCACAGCCCUCUUCUUCAUCUUCUUCAUCCAGUCGGCGUUUUUCAGCGCGUCCAACAUUGCGUCUGUGUCGUCGUUUUCGCUGGAAGCAGUGUACCGGCUGAUUCCCAUCUUCGACCCCUUUUCGCAGGGCGCGCUGCUCAUGCUCAAGCUCAUGGCGCCGUUUGCAGUACUGUCGGCCAACUUUGGGCUGAUGAACCGUGGGUUGGGAGUGGCGCCUUCUGCGCUGUUCAUGGUGGUGAUGGCAGUCAGCGAUGUCAUGACGCUGAGCUUCUUCUACAUGGUCAAAGACGAGGGCAGCUGGCUGGACAUUGGAACGACGAUUAGCCACUUUGUCAUUGCGAGUCUGCUGGGCGUGUUUGUGUCUGGGCUGGAGAUUUACAGUGAGUGGACGAUCCGGGGGGUGGAGUUUGGGGGGAAGAGGAUUGGUGGUGGCUUGGCGAAGGGCAAGGCCAAUGGGAAGACGGCGUAGUUGGUACCGUGGGAAGUGAGAUGCAAGACUGGUGUUGCUGUGCAUGUACCGUUCGCAUACCUGGUGGUUGUGUUUGGGUGAGCAGAAGCAAACGGAAAUCAAAGCAGACUAGCCCGGC